GCUCUGGGGUUUCAAGAGAACGCCACGCCCCCCGCCCGCGCCGCCGCCUCCACCGGGUGCGGCGCCGGCAGAAAGUCGGAAAGUAGUCACUUCCGCCGGUGCUGCUGUCUGCAUCCGGGUCAGCUACGCCGCUGCCGCUACAGCCGCCUCUGUGACCCGGGUACUGGGCCUGGGUCUCCACUGCGGUCCGAGGGGAGUGGGCUCCGCUCGGCGCUACCUUCUGCGACCUGGCCGUCAGCCCCACGUCGCCGGCCUGGAGGGGCGAAGAAGACGAGGGGGCCAAGGCUUCCUCCGGGGACAUUGGCUCUCUGGAUUAUCAGGAGUUUGCAGUUGACAUUGAGUCCAAGUUGAGGAUGGAAGGUGUAGAACUUAAGGAAGAAUGGCAAGAUGAAGAUUUUCCAAUACCUUUACCAGAAGAUGAUAGUAUUGAAGCAGAUAUAUUAGCUGUAACUGGACCAGAGAGCCAGCCUGGCUCAUUAGAAGUUAAUGGAAAUAAAGUAAGAAAGAAACUGAUGGCUCCAGACAUUAGCCUGACCCUCGAUCCUAGUGAUGGCUCUGUGUUGUCAGAUGAUUUGGAUGAAAGUGGGGAGAUUGACUUAGAUGGCUUAGAUACACCAUCAGAGAACAGUAAUGAAUUUGAGUGGGAAGAUGAUCUUCCAAAACCCAAAACUACUGAAGUUAUUAGGAAAGGUUCAAUUUCCGAAUACACAGCAGAAGAGGAAAAGGAAGAUGGACGACGCUGGCGUAUGUUCAGAAUCGGAGAACAGGACCACAGGGUUGAUAUGAAGGCCAUUGAACCCUAUAAAAAAGUUAUCAGUCAUGGAGGAUAUUAUGGGGAUGGAUUAAAUGCCAUUGUUGUGUUUGCUGUCUGUUUUAUGCCUGAAAGUGGUCAACCUAACUAUAGAUACCUGAUGGACAAUCUCUUUAAGUAUGUUAUUGGCACUUUGGAGCUAUUAGUAGCAGAAAACUACAUGAUAGUUUAUUUAAAUGGUGCAACGACUCGAAGAAAAAUGCCCAGUCUGGGAUGGCUCAGGAAAUGCUAUCAGCAAAUUGAUAGGAGGCUACGGAAAAACCUAAAAUCUCUAAUCAUCGUACAUCCCUCUUGGUUUAUCAGAACACUUUUGGCUGUUACAAGACCGUUUAUUAGCUCAAAAUUCAGCCAAAAAAUUAGAUACGUCUUUAAUUUGGCAGAACUAGCGGAACUUGUCCCCAUGGAAUAUGUUGGCAUACCAGAAUGCAUAAAACAGUAUGAAGAAGAAAAGUUAAAAAAGAAACAAAAAAGAGUUGAUCAAGAGCUUAAUGGAAAACAAGAUGAACCAAAAAGUGAACAGUAAGUUUGGCAUCUAGUCCAAACAAGACUGAAGAAUGUGCUGAUGAAGCAGUGCUCUUUUUUGCAUUUAUAAUGCAUUUAUUGGCCCUGAUUUUUAUGUAACCUGUUACAAAGUUGACUUGACUUUUUCUCAAUGGACUUUUGUAUACGGGACUGUUCACUGCUGUAUUGUUUUGCAAAUCUCUUGAAUUUAGCUCUUUACUAGCUAAUGAUAUUGUAAUCAUUUUAUAUUGCUAAAAGCAGAGAACCUCACUUUAUAUAAAGUGGUUUUUGCAUUUGUUUAUUGAAUGAUGCGUCUUCUUCAGUAAAAUAUUUAUAUGCCUAAUUGGUAAAGGAAAGAAAUAAUAUAUAUUUUUAUGUUUUGAGCAAUAUUUUUUAAUGUAUACCUGUCUUAUGGAAGAAUAUGCAGAUAAAUAAGACCAUGAUAUUUGAAGUGCAUGUUAGAAUUUUUGUGUUUUGUAAAUGGUUAACUACAUUUCCUGGGUAACUUAAAAAACGAAGUGGCUCAUAAGGUGAGAGACGGUUAAACUGGUUGUCAUGAAUACCCAAAGGUCAUAUGUAUAAUCUAAGUAGAUUAGUGCCGACCUAAGCUUUUUUAAUUACAUAAUAUAUAUUGUUCCUUAAUUCAGAAGCACAAAUACAAGUGUACUGCACACUUUUUCCUUUUUACACUUAAAGACAACUUUAAAAGCCAGUUAUAGAACUAGAGGAUUUAAGAGGCUGAGAAUUGAGGUUUGUACAUAUAUGUAUAUACGGGACAUUUUAUCUCCUGGCCAAAAGUUAGACCUUUAUAAAAAUCUUAGAUUUGUUCACUAAUGUGAAAUAAGCUGUGUCCAUGGUAUCAUGCUCCUGAAUUUGUGUGAGUGCAGUGUACUGUUCGGAGAACGUGAUGAGUUCUUUACUGUCACUACUUUUCUGUAGAACACAGGAGCUGCUUUUUUAACUGCUCUCAAUGUGGGCACUUUACGAAAAUACUUCCUUAUCAGUUAUUGGAACUUGGUAGGUGUUUGACCUAGUCAGAUAUGGUGUGUUUUCACAUUUCCUAUUGAAUCAUGUUGACAGUACUGUAGAUUAAGUUAUUUUCUAAAUCUUAGAGCAUCAUUGUAUUAUACUGUUUUGGAUGAUACAUUUGAUAUAGCAUAUAAACUCCUUGUUUAAUUUGGCAAGUACCUGGACUCUUGCUUCCAAACAGAACUAAAUUUACCCACAGAAUCACCCUAAAAGAACUGAUUGGUCUAAUAUUGUGUCAUAUACUUGUGUGACUCAUAUACAUUUAGUAAACUUAGCACCCUCCUAAUUUGAGGCUCAUACCACACUUCUGCUCUUCUUAUAAGGUAAUUUACAAAAGAGUGUCCUGGAGUAGCGUAAUUGAAGUGGAUGAGAGCUAAGCUUCUAAGAUUUAUUCUAUCCUAGACUGAAGACAUGUGGUUUUUACCAUUUCUACUUUUAGUAUCAAGUUCCUAUUACAAAAAAGAAUUAUUCUUUACUUUCUAUCCUCUUCAGUCAUAAACUUGGCAUCUAACUUAAGUCCAAUUAUGGGAGAUGCUGGAGGAUUCCCAGGAUGAGAUGCUCCUCAGCUGCCUCCUGGCUUGACUUGGAUCCAGCAGCUGUAGGCAGAUUGUGAACUAAUGUCAUUAUAAUGAAUAAAAUCAAAACCAUUAUUGCUUGCUAAAAUGUUAGAAACACUUUGUACUGAAAACACAAACUAACAAUAAUUUAGGCAUUCCUUCUGACUUCACCAUAUAACAAUUAUGAAUAAAGGAUAAUAUUGAAUUUAAUUGUGAUUAGAGUCUAUAAUUGUAGAGUGCUUUAAGUAGCCUUUUAUCUAUAAGUCUUCAUCUGGCUCAGAAUGGGCUGAGCUUUAUUAAAUGGGUGGUUUUCCUCCACAUCAAGUACCCAGUUCAAUUUCAACAUUUUAUUAUGUUUAUUGACUUUUCCUUUUGCAAGCAUUGUUCCAAACUACAGAAACAACUUGUUACAAAAAUGGUGCAUUUUUAAAAAUAUUUUUUAAAAGUAGGAUUAGCCUGUAUUCUAUUAGAACAUUAAAAUUCAGAGGGAACAGUGAUAACACUGGAAUAUAACAAAAGGGAUGUGCUGUGAAUCACUAGAUUCAAAGGAUACCUGCUCUAACCUACACUUGAAUGGAAUCUGGUAUAGGGACAUGCCCCAUAAUAAAUGUUUCAUAAUUAUAAGACUUAUGUAGGUUAGAAGGAAAGUGUUUAUUAAAUUUGUUAUUUGUAAUUUGUAGCUAUGUUGACAUUUCCCCCAUAUCAUUUCAAUUUCAGUUUUCCACUGCUGAUUGAGGUCAAAUACAUAUAUUUGUAUUAUUUUACCUUUAUGUUGGGGUCAUGGAUCUAACUUAACUGGUUUAACUUGAUGCAUCUUUCACUUUUUUUGUUAUACUUGGGCUCUGAGUACCUCUUUUUAGUCAACAGUUUCUCAUGUAAAGUAAUUUGUGUUCUACUUGGUUAUAUUCCUAAGUACCACCAAGGAAAGAUGUUAUAUUGACCCCAUAGUUUAAGCUUAAUAGUCUUUAACUCAGGGGGGAUGGGUAAUAAAGAAAUAUGAUUCUAAGUAGGGCCCCGCUGGUAGUUGGAAAACAAGAUAACAGAAAAAGGAAGUAGGAGGAAGAAAACUAUAAAGGGGUAAAGAGUUAGCUGUUACUAAGAUGCCACUGACUGUAUCCGUUACAGGAAGUACUGUGUAUGGCAGCUGUUGGUACCAUUUCUUGUAUCUAGCAGGAAAACCUGCAGGCAACUCACAGAGUAUGUGAAGGAGGAAAAGGUUGAUAAUACCUGUAAUGAGAAUUCAUAUUUUCUUCUGCUUUAUCCCUUCAUAUAGAAGUAAGUUUGAACAGAGGGUCAGCAUUAUAGUGCACAAAUUAAAGUUUAGGAGUUGGGUUAUUUUUCAUAUUACAUGGUUGGUAAAUAUAAAUGAAGUUUUCCAAAAUAGACAUCACUAUUUAGUAACUGCACUGAAUACUGAAAUUUGCUGAUUGACAGAUAUAUUUUGGUAGCUAGAAUUUCUUCAACUGCAAUUCCAAAAUUUUUAAAAGUAAGGGAUCUGAUUUUUUUAGAGAGACUUUGUAAAUAACUGUAUAGUGUUACUAUUUGGCUGUUUUUAUGUGAGUGCUCAGGGAAUUUGAAAGUUUCAUUUAAUGCAGGAAGUGGCUUUUUAGAUUUCUUCAGUUGAUAGAUAAAUUAGCAUUAGGAUAUAUCUGAUAGAACAGGCCAGUUUCCUGAUCAGGUUGGUAAGGUUGUAUAAAACGUUACAAGUAGCUUCAUCUUUCCUUUUCCUAUGUUACAUGUGGAAAAUUGCUAACAUUGCUCAAUCAAAAGGGAGCAGGGGAAAGGCUGAAAAUAGAGAUUGCUACCAUUCUGUUUUGUUUUCAUGCCUAUAUUUUUCCCAUCAUAUUCAGAUUUUUGAGAAAUGGAUUACAAAUCUCAGAAGGAUGGGGUAGGUAGAGGAAUAACUGUACUUACAAGUUAGACCAACUAUUCUUUUAGAGUUUAUCAUGUCAUAGGGAACGGGAAUUGUGUAAUUUAAGAUGCUGGGAGAGUCAAGAAUUUAAAACUUGCAUAGGAAAAUCAGUAGGUUAGGGAAGUAGAUUAUCUACUCAAUGUUCUAAGUACAGAAUUACCUUGGGAGCCUGUAACUCCCCUGUUCCUGUCCCAGGAUUCUGAAUGAAUUAAAGUCAGACCAAUGGCAAGUCCCUGUAAUGUAACUUUCCUUUGAAGUUCUAAAUGGUAAUUGAAAAUAAGGUAAUGUGUUGAAGAGUAAGGAGUGACACUAAAAUUUGAACAGAACUGUUACUUUGUUGUAACUCUAUAUAUCUUAAUUUCUUAUGUUUUGAGAACUACUUAAAAAAUACUACCAAAAGUUCACAUAAAGCACUUAAUAGAUCAAACACCAGAUGAAAAUCAAAGUUUAAUGCUUUCAAAUUAAAGAAUUAAGCUGUUUGCUUCAGAUAGCUGUUUUAUUCUCUUAUAAGGCAUUCUACAAGAAGUUAAGAUGUUUGCAUUUUAAAUUUUUGUUUCUAUGUUUAGGGUGGCUAAGGAGGAACUUGGAAAACAUAAAUUAGCUACUCCACUACACUUUUUGUAUAUGGACUUUCUAAAGUUAUGCUCCUUAAACAGUUUAUUUACAUACACCUAGCUAGUAAAUAUUGGUGGUAUUUAGGGGCACUGACUUGCACAGGCCUUGGGGCAUCAUUCAAAUAGAACACAAUUCAGAGUGUUCGAUACUAACACACUUUGAUAAAUAUUUCAAAAAUUCAAAUAUUUUUCUAACCAUUGGUUCACAUUGCAAUUUAAACAAAAUUAAUGUACUGUGAUCAUUUUACUACUAUUCAGAUGAUGUUGCAUAGCUUAGUGCUUUCAUUUUAGAGUGUUUGAGAAAUUCAGUUCUGAUGACUGUGUGUGCAAGAUGUUUAUGUGGUCCCUGUCAGAAAUAUUAGGGUUGGUCUUGAUUUACUAAGGAGAUGUAAUAUUUUAUUUUCCUUUGAAUUGUUAGGAAUACAGUGACUUGUGUCCUGAUCUGUUGCACGUCGUAUUUUUGCAACAUUAAUGAAUUUAAAUAAAUUAAUUGGAAAGUUU